GUGGUGGAGCCUAAAAGAGACAAGGGGGGAAAAAAACACAGAACAAAAAAAAAACGCCUCCUUAUCUUUAGCUCCUCUCGUCCAAGGUCUCUGACAGGCUUCGUCGGCCGCCCUCAGUCCUGGCGCGAUUCCUUCGGCUCUGAGACGCGUUUCGCCGCCAGACCCACACCCCGGAACUUCUGCGCCGACGCCCCGAGUGCGACGAAGGCGUCUUAAACAAGAGCUCGCUCAGCAGAGCUCGGAGGGAUAGAAGAGGAACGGUGAACGGCGGCAGCCAAAAAACAAGUGGGUCCAACAGGAGGGGGGGGAGGGGGACACACCGUUUCUGGGUACAGGUGUGUUUGCGAGGAACGUAGAGGAGGGUGAGGGGGGCACCCAGUAGGACAAUACCUGGAGAUUACUGUUUCGGUGUGCCCCCCCACCACCCCCACCCUUGGAUCUAUAACAGGACACUAGCCAUGACACCUCUGUGGGUCCUCUUCCUUGGCCUGGUCUCCGGGACGUCAUGCGUGGCAAUGCACGUCUGUUUGGCCAACGGAACCACGCGCUCCUUCUUCUGCGUGGGAAGCAGGGUUAACCAGAUGCCCGCCGUCAUCCCAAAAAACACCAGCUACAUCAAGCCCAUCUGUGAGAAAAGAAAGGAGGAAAGGAAGACAAUGAGAAGGAAGAGCCAGAGAGAGAGACAGAGUGAGAGAGAGAGCCAGAGAGAGCUGAUGUACCUAUCAACUGCAGCUUCUCAAGACGUCCUCAGAAGUGAGUUUAAGCUGACACAGCUGAGGUUAAUUCCACGUGCUGCCUUCUCAGAACUGCAUGAGCUUUCCCGAAUCAUGGUGUCGGAGAACGGAGCCUUGGAGGGGAUUGCGGCGCACGCCUUUUCGAACCUAUCAAACCUGGUCGAGAUAACAAUCACCAAAUCAAAAAACCUAGUCUUCAUUGAAAAGGGCGCUUUCUGGAAUCUGUCAAGAUUGAAAUAUCUGACCAUUUCAAACACUGGACUGAAGUCACUGCCUGAUUUCUCCAAGAUUAACUCGGCAGCAAAGGACUUUCUGUUUGACCUUCAGGAUAACGUGAACAUGAAAGUGAUUCAUCCAAACGCUUUCCUGGGUCUCAGUAGUGAAACCAUAAGGGAACUGAGACUCACCAAAAAUGGAAUAACCGAGGUGCUGAAUCACGCUUUCAAUGGCACCAAACUGGACAGACUGUUGCUUAUGGGGAACCAGCAGCUGAGGCAGAUCCACAGUCAGGCGUUCUCAGGAGCGGAAGGCCCCGUUGUUCUGGACGUCUCGCGCACGUCCAUCAGCGUCCUGCCGGAGAACAUUCUGUGGAGGCUGAAGCGGCUAACAGCAGAGUCCGUGUACACCCUGAAGAAGCUGCCCAACCUGGACCUGUUCACCCAGCUGAUCGAGGCCAACCUCACCUAUCGGAGCCACUGCUGUGCAUUCGCCAACUCCAAGAAGAACAUGUCAGUGGUGCAUGAGCUAUGCGACAAGCCCAAUAUCAAGCAGGAAGAGCCCCAGUGGCACUUGGAGCACUGCACCAUAGAGGUUUCCUGCCACCCCAAACCCGAUGCCUUCAACCCCUGCGAGGACAUCAUGGGCUUCACCUACCUGCGCGUGCUCAUCUGGAUCAUCAGCGUGCUGGCCAUCGUGGGGAACUCCGUGGUCCUGCUGGUUCUGAUCACCAGCCACUACAAGCUGACCGUGCCCCGCUUCCUCAUGUGCCACCUGGCCUUCGCGGACCUCUGCAUGGGCGUCUACCUGUUUGUCAUCGCCUGCGUGGACAUCCACACCAAGUCGCGCUACUACAACUACGGCAUCGACUGGCAGACGGGGCCCGGGUGUGGGGCGGCGGGCUUCUUCACCGUCUUCGCCAGCGAACUGUCGGUCUACACGCUCACCGUGAUCACCCUGGAGCGCUGGCACACCAUCACCUUCGCCAUGCAGCUGGACCGGAAGUUCCGCCUCCGGCACGCAUGCGCCGUCAUGGCGGGCGGCUGGCUCUUUGCCUCGAUGGCCGCCCUGCUGCCCACGGCCGGCGUCAGCAGCUACAUGAAGGUGAGCAUCUGCCUGCCCAUGGACGUGGAGACGCCGGUCUCCCAGGCCUACAUCAUCAUCCUGCUGCUCUUCAACGUGCUGGCCUUCCUGGUCAUCUGCGUGUGCUACCUGAGCAUCUACCUGACGGUGCGCAACCCCAGCUUCGUGUCGGCCAAUGCCGACAUGCGCAUCGCCAAGCGCAUGGCCGUGCUCAUCUUCACCGACUUCCUGUGCAUGGCGCCCAUCUCCUUCUUCGCCAUCUCGGCGGCCCUCAAGCUGCCGCUGAUCACCGUGUCACACUCCAAGGUGCUACUGGUGCUCUUCUACCCCAUAAACUCCUGCUCCAACCCCUUCCUCUAUGCCUUCUUCACCAAAAACUUCAAGAGGGACUUCUUCAUCCUCGCCAGCCACUUCGGCUGCUUCAAGACGCAGGCGCAGAUCUACCGCACCGAGAUCUCCUCCGUCCAGAACGGGGCCUGGGUGCCCACCCCAAAAACCAGCGACGGCACCCUAUACUCUCUGGUGCCCAUCAACAACCCCCACUGACCUCUGACAGCCUUCAGUAAAACCAUGGUCUUUCAUUUGAACUUGUACACACUCAAGGCCCUCCCCCACCCAAAAGAAGGCCGUACAAUACAGGCCUGAUAACUUUGUUGGGUUCUCAAUGCCUCCAACAUGGAUAUUGUUUUCAUAUUAUUUUUUUGGAUGUGGUUUUUAUACAUGCUUUUUCUCCCAUAUUUUCACUCUAGAAUAUGGCAUAUGUACACAGCAUGUCAGUGGAGAUUGCUGGAACUAAAGAGACUUGCCUCAGGGAAGCAUGAGCGUGAACUCUGACCCCUGACAUCUGACCUCGGGAAUUCUCACCUGUUUCUUAAUUGAAGAUUUAGCAAUUCUCUGUUUUUGGAGGGGGUCGGUGGUGUGGUGAAAAAACAAGACACAAGUGCAGCAGAUGGUAUCAUAACAAGCCAGGUUUUCUGUCUCCAUGGUAACUCUUGUGAAGCAGUUUUCCAGCCAUGUUUGAAGGAAAAGGAGAAAUGCUGCUGUGCUAUUUUACCUACUGCUGCCUCACUCCCCAUGUCUAGCCCAUGUGACCCCCCCCCCACUCCCCCCACCAACCCCCCAGUUUAUCUGAUGCUGUUCAUCUUUACGUGGAAUGACGAUAUUUUCGCAGCACUCUUGAGUUUAAAGGCAGAACAAGUGACGCAGCCUUCACCUGUCCAGAUAAUGAACUUUUUUUACAUACCGUAAGUCUACAUCAGGGAUCCUUAAAAUGCUUAUACUAUGUUGGGGCACAUUAUUCUUUAUCUGUUGUGUGGAUGUUUUAUUGCGUAGAUUUUGUGUAGAUUUAAGAACUUUAUAGUUAAUUCAGUCGUUAAAUAUGUUUUGUUGAAAUUUGGUAAUUUCUUCUUGGACACCUUGACCCUUCCCCCUCACGGGUUCCAGGCAAAAACAAUAAACUAAAACAACAAGCUAAAACAAGGACAAAAGAAAGUAAGAUGGUGUGAUCACUUUCCCGGAGAAGAAAAAGGCAUUAGGCUUGGAUGUGCAGUGCCAAAUAAACAUAUUGUGGCAAGGUUAUUCCCCCUGAGAAAUUGCAAAGAAGCUUGAGAUUUCCAGGUGCAAUGGUCAGUAUACUUUCAGAAGGGUCCAACUGAUGGGCAGUGAUGUUAACAGGAGAAGACCAGGAAGAUUAAGAGGCAGUAGACAUAUAUCUUGUGAUGUCUAGCAAAAGAAACCGUUGUAAAAUUUUACCACAAUUCCAGGAAAAAUUCAAUGCAGCUAGAGAGAAACCAGUUCCCCUGACUAUAGUGAAACGGCAACUAUGAUUUGCAGGUCUGAAAGGAUGUCUAUCUGCCUUUUGCAAAUCUUUUUGAUCCAGUGUUUAUGGUGCCUGGCCCACUGACGUCUUUUCUUCUUGUUAACAAUACAUAGCAAGGGUUUUUUUUUCCGCAGAUACACAUUAUUUUAGACCAGCAGAUUGUAGUUGCCAUUUCACUGUAGAGAGAAGUGGUUUCUACCUAGUUGCAUUGAGUUCUUCCUGGAGUUGUGGUGUGGUUUUACAACAGUUUUGUUCUGUAGGAUAUGUCGUGUGUAGAUUUUGGCCUUAGAGAGGGAAACAGUGAAUAAGAAUGUGGCCUGGCCUCCCCUUCAGAAGCAUCAAAGCAAAUGUGAUUGGGGCAAUUUUAAAUUCCACUGAUACCCUAAUCUAGGCUGACAAUCUAUGGGUUUCACCUCCUCCGAAAAGACAAACCAUAUGACACAGGACACCAUAUCGGGGGUUGGAGAGCCUACAUGCCUAACAUUUCCCAUUACUUUUAGUUUGAAUGCAGUCUUUAGGUAGGCCAGUCCUUGUCAUAAAUUAGUCUGACCCCCCUUCCCUUCUCUCCUAAACCUUAACCCGGCAUCACCCAAUCAGGUCAAACAUCAAGCCAUGCUGGGUAGAGUAUUUAAGAUUGCCACAGGAAAAAAAUGUGUGUGUUGCGUUUGGUUUCGGAGCCUGGAAGAAGAAGAGUUUUCCUCUUUUUAUUUUGGUGGUGGUUCCUAGGUCGUGUGUUUUUAGCCUGGAAGUGAGUGAUACUUUGGCAAGGUCUGGCCGAUCCGUUUCUCUCUCUCUUAUCCGUCUCUCUCUCUCUAUUUUCUGGUAUUUCUAGAUUAGUUGUUUAAUGUUUUGCUGUAUGUCUUCUGUUGUGUAAUUUAGAAGUAGUGUGCCUGCAUUCAAUAAAGAAUGUAUGUUUUCAAUUCAUUAAUAUAAUUGACUGCUUCUUAUUGAAUUCAAUUAUUUAAUCUGAAAACCUGAUGUACAGCUUGUUUUGACUUGAUGGUUGAUUCCACCAGUUUUCUGCAGACUGACCUAUCAAAGAAUUUGGCAAUGUAAUUGAUAAUUCUAGUUUUAACAUAAUUGUUAAAUUAAAUCUAAUAAAAUAUAUUUUACAUGUAGGUUAAGUGAGGGGUUCUAGCAUGCAAUAUCGCUUGGUUCAGUAUUCAGAGUGCUGAACAGUUUAACAAGGGCAUUAACUGUUGGAACCGCUGGAUUCAGAAAAUAAACAUAUCCUUAAUUAAUUGCUUGUCCGACAGUUCACUAGACCUCACAAAGAUAUUUGUUUUCUGCCUCUUGAUCUUUCCGGGCUGCUCCCAUUAACAUUACUGCCAAUCAGCUGGACCCUUCUGAUAGAUAAUUUCACUCAGUGUAAUAACCCCUCCAUCUCCCUCCCACCACCCACUUUGCAAAAUGAAAUGGAUAGACUUCCAAUAAUGAAUGUGUUUGUAAUUAAAGCCAAAAGAGGCUAUUUUGAGGAAAGGUGUGUCUAAGAUUUUUUUUAAGUCAUCUUUUUGUGUUAUUGUAGGUAGAAACUGGAAAAAUAAGUUAUUUGGUUUGUUAUUAGAUACAUCUGCAUAUUUUAACUGAACUCUUCACUACCUGAAGUUUUUUUUUCUCCUUUUAACUACAGGUGGCCUAAUACUUUUGGCCUAUAUAUUUUCUGAAAAAGUGUUAGUAUGUAUCCUUAUUGUUCGUCUUACGUGGGUGUUGUUUUUUUCCUUCUUUUUUUCUUUAUUACAUGUGUUAAUAUUUGUACACUUGAUUCAGUAAUGGGACAGUGAUAGAAGUUGUAAGUUUAUGCUUAAGCCCAAGCUGUCUGUGUUUCUCUUUGAUGCUAUUAUAAUUAAAAUUAUUAUUGUUGU